AUGGUUAGGUGGAGUAUUGGCAAUGGAACUAAUAUAAAGGUUAUGAGUGAGCCUUGGUUGCGAGAAGCAAAUAGAGCAUGGAUAUCUUCACCGCAAGACCAAGGUGUGUAUAAUUUUUAUGUUAAUGAUCUCUUGCUUCCUGAUAUGAAAAUAUGGGAUAGGGAGAAAAUUGAGUCUAUUUUUCCUAUGUAUGUUGCGAAACGCAUUCUUGAGGUUCCAUUAUUUAACAUGGUUGACGAAGACAAGUUAAUAUGGACUGAUAGCACUAAUGGUAAUUAUAGUGUCAAGAGUGGAUAUAAACUGAUAAUGAAUAUUACAGGGAAGGUGGAUGUUGUGUCCUCAAAGAAAAAUUGGAAUAGCCUUUGGACAAUUCUUGCUCCGCCAAAGGCCAAGCAUUUGUUAUGGAGGAUAAGUAUAGGUUGCCUACCUACUCGAUUACGGCUUCAGGAAAGGCGGGUUCCAUGUCCGUUGUUGUGUCCAAUUUGUGAGCAGCAUGAUGAAGAUGAUUGGCAUGUAAUGUUUGGAUGUGCUGCAAGUACACAGGCUAUGCAGGCAACAGAUUUCGGUUUUAAUUUAGAAGCUUACCUGCAGCAAACUAACAGUGUUAGUGAUAUUAUUCUUGAGCUGUGCUUGCGUGAAGACAAGGAGGCAGCAGGCCUAAAAGCAAGUCACUUUUGGGAGGACUGGUUUUCGGUGCAGCAGGUUCAAUAUGGUGGCUCCCAAUACAAUCAGCAGCAGCCCCUUAUGUGGCAGAAACCAAAUUAUGGAUGGUACAAAUGUAACGUCGAUGCGGGCUUCCACAAAGAGAUAAGUAAAACUAGUGCCGGUCGGUGUUUGUGUGAUCACAUGCGACGUUUUGUCAUGGCAGAGACUACUUGGGUGGAAGGAAAUUGCACCAUUUUGGAAGGUGAAUCCAUAGCUAUACUUAAUGCAUUGGAAACAUUGGGUCAAAGAGGUUUAUCUAAUGUUAUCUUUGAGACGGAUUUUAAAAGCGAGGUGGAUGCAAUUCAUCAUUUAUGCGCCAGCGAACAUGGUUGCACAUACUUUUGCUAG